AAAAAAAAAAAAAAAAAAAAAAAAAGAGAAUGAAACCACCUAAAACCCUCGUCGUCUUUGGCGCAACCGGCCAACAAGGAGGAUCUGUUAUCAACUUUGUCCUUGAUCAUCCAGAACUAUCUAGCCAAUACAAGAUUCGAGCUGUGACACGCGUCCCAUCGAAGCCAGCUGCUCAAGCCUUGCAAGAGCGAGGAGUCGAGGUCGUUAAAGCAGAUCUGUAUGAUAGAGAAUCGCUCGAUAAAGCUCUCAGAGGCGCACAUACUGUCUUUGGGAUCACUUGCACAAUUUUUGAUGACAGUGCUUAUGUUAAAGAAUACCUUCAAGGCAAGAAUUUAGCAGAUGCGGUUGUUGCCGCAGGAGCCCAGUAUUUUAUCUACGGUACUGUACGCCAUGCAGGUGAAGUCUCCGGUGGCAAACAUUCUGCUGUCCAUGCUUUCGACGUCAAGGCUGACAUCGAGAAAUACAUUCGCACUCUGCCCAUCAAGAGUGCUUUUUUCACACCAAGCGUAUAUAUGCAAGACUUUCACAACUUUUUCUUCACUCCUAAACGCCAAGAGGAUGGAACCUAUGUGAUAUUCCAGGUAGUCAAACCUGACAGCGUAUUUGAGUUUUUCGAUCCUGCUUCUGACACCGGUAAAUUUGUAGGUGCUAUCCUUGCAGAGCCCGACAAGUUUGCAGGCAAAACCUUGUGCGCAGUAUCCACCUUUUGCUCAUUUAGUGAUGUAGCAGAGAUGAUCAGUAAAUCAACAGGCAAGACUGUCAAGUAUAAGCAGGUGUCUUUGGAUGAGUAUGACCAAAUCAUGCCAACGAGUCAUAGCAGGAUCGUUGCUAACGUUAUGCUUUUCCUGGAGGAACACGGUUACUUUGGUGGUUUAAAGAAGGAGGUCGAAUGGUCUACUAGUUGUCAUCAUGAGAAGUUGACCACAUUUGAGGAGUUCAUCGAGAAGAACCCUUUCCAUCUGGAGUGAGUGGUUUUCAAUGUAUGGACACCUGAAUAGUCUUUUCUAAAGUCUGGAGCAAUUGAUAUAAUAACACCAAAGCAAUCUUAAAUAAAGACAAUCAAUUUCAAAGUUUAC